UCGAAUGGGAAGGAUAUCAUCCUCUUCAUCGUUACCGUUCUCGUGGUGGAGUGCGUGGAGAUAUUACCUGAAAAGCCCCAAACCAUUCGCACUUGUCAUCCUUUCAUUCCUUAAUUUCACAUUUCUUAUUGUCUGCGACCCCCAAAUCCUCGCCACCGCCCAACAGGUUGAAGCUUCAAAAUUAUAUGAGCAUCUGACGCAUUUGCAGAAUGAGGUGGAAACUUUAAAAUUACAUGAGCAACUGACGCAUUUCCAAAAUGAGGUGGAAGAUGUAAGAAGUCAUGCAAAGGAUUGGGUUGUAAGCGUUGGCAUGGAAGAUGAUGAUAAUGUCAAUGUUCAACGAAGAAACGAAGUCAAAGAUGCAAUGCUUCAUGCCUGGACUUCUUAUGAGAGGUUUGCAUGGGGCCAAGAUGAACUUCAGCCGCAGACAAGAAAUGGGAUGAAUACUUUUGGUGGUCUUGGAGCAACUCUAAUAGAUUCUCUUGAUACUUUAUAUAUAAUGGGUCUUGACGAGCAAUUUCAAAGAGCUAGAGAGUGGGUUGCAAACUCAUUAAACUUCAACAAGGAUUAUGAGGCUAGUGUUUUUGAGACAACCAUAAGUUCUGUUGAUUCCAGAGUUAUAGGAGGACUUAUUAGUGCGUAUGAUCUCUCUGGUGAUGAAAUCUUCCUAGAAAAGGCUAGAGAUAUUGCUGAUAGAUUACUGCCUGCAUGGGAUACACCUUCAGGAAUCCCCUACAACUUAAUUAACUUAGCAAAUGGGAAUGCCCAUAACCACAUGUGGACAGGGGGAAAUAGUAUUCUGGCAGAUGCUGCUUCAGAGCAACUUGAAUUUAUUGCUUUAUCUCAAAGGACAAAUGACUUCAAGUACCAGCAGAAGGUGGAAAAUGUCAUCAUGGAGCUUAAUCGAACCUUUCCUGCUGAUGGUUUGCUUCCCAUAUAUAUUAAUCCUCACACUGGAAUAUCUUCUUACUCAAGAGUUACAUUUGGUGCCAUGGGUGAUAGCUUUUAUGAGUAUCUGCUCAAGGUUUGGAUACUAGGAAACAAGACAGAUGACGUAAAGCACUACAGAGAAAUGUGGGAAACAUCAAUGAAAGGUCUGCAAAGCUUGGUUCGGAGAACAACACCGUCUUCUUUUGCCUAUAUAUGUGAGAAGACUGGAAAUGCACUGUCUAACAAGAUGGAUGAAUUAGCUUGUUUUGCUCCUGGAAUGCUGGCUUUGGGGUCUCUUGGCUAUGGUAAUGGGGAAGCUAAAAAGUUCUUAUCCCUUGCUGAAGAGCUUGCAUGGACUUGUUACAAUUUCUAUCAGUCCACACCAACGAAAUUGGCUGGGGAAAAUUAUUUCUUUCAUGAUGGACAGGACAUGACCGUUGGUACGUCAUGGAACAUUUUGAGGCCGGAGACAAUUGAAUCACUGUUUUAUCUCUGGCGUUUCACUGGGAACAAAACAUAUCGAGAUUGGGGUUGGAAUAUUUUCCAAGCAUUCGAAAAGAACUCGCGCAUAGAGACUGGUUAUGUUGGACUCUAUGAUGUUUCUACAGGUGAUAGAGACAAUUUGAUGCAGAGCUUUUUCCUUGCGGAAACAUUAAAGUAUCUUUACCUCCUAUUCUCGCCUCCAUCAUUUUUGUCUCUAGACAAAUGGGUAUUUAACACAGAAGCUCACCCUCUGAGAAUUGUAACUCGACAGCUCAAUGAAGGGAGUUAACAAUGUAAGUGGACAUCCUAGAUUGUCAUACAUAAAUUUGGACCCAUUAAUUGACUCCCUCUUUUUGAUUUGUAAAUUCUAAGCAAUUAUUAUAGAUCAGGGCGAGAAUUAGCUCUGCUGCAUCUGUAGUCCCAAUGUAGUCUCAAUGGGGCUGGUUUUCAGUUCAUUUUCUCCACAUGAAUGAGUAAUCAGUCACAUAAUUCGAUGUAAAUUAGUAUAUAUGAUUGAGCUUCUUGGCUGGGGAUUGGGGUAUUUAAGUUAGAGUUGCAAUUUAUUUGGGAGAUGAUAUUUUUAUAAAACUAUCCCUUGAGGGACCUCUUAGUCGUAGAACUUGACUAAACUCGAAAUUAUACAUUGUUGUUCUUCUUGGCCUUCGUAUGAAAUAUAAGUGAAUGUUAACGUUUCUUUUAA